AUGUCAGACAUGGCUGCUCUGGGGGAGGAGGGCGCCCUCUGCGUCGUCCAGCGCCUGUCCGAGUCGGACUUUUCGCGCGUCCACUCCAUCGGCGGCUUUGUCAGUGGCAUCAUCCGCCGCGUGCGGCAGGACGGCCCCGACCGCGGGAACGGCCAGAUCGACAUCCUGCCGCGCUCCGUGAGGCGCCGGGUAGAGGACCUGAUCGCCCAGGACAAGAUUGGGAAGCAUGAGGUGGAUGCCCGCAUGGUCCGGGCCCUGGCCGACCUGCCAGAGCGGCUGGGCGAGGAGGCCUGCACGCGCUUCGAUCAGAGCGUGGACUCGGGGGUCCGCUCCCGCCAGGGCUUCAUGAUGGGCAUCAUCAAGCGUCUGGUGGAGGAGGACCGCUUCGGAAGGCCCCCGCCAGCGGGCUACCGAAGGAGCGGGUGGAGGAAGGUGGCCGAGGUACAGUACUCCCCCGCCCCACAGCCCCUGGAGAGGACCACCUCUUCGAGAAAGCCGUCGCUGCGUGUGACCGAGGCAGCUUCCCUGCCUGACCUGGAGUUCUCUGAGACAAUCGAUCGCUUUGCAGCCGGCUUGCAGAGCCUAGGAUUGGAGAAGGGGGAGCGGGUGGCCUUGUUCUCAGAGGGCAGCUCACGGUGGAUGGUGGCUGACCAGGGCAUCAUGUCAGCGGGGGGCGUCGAUGCGGUGCGUGGUACUGCAAACCCGGUCGAGGAGCUGGAGCAGAUAGUGCUCAGCUCGCAGGCGUCAGGAUUAGUCAUCCAGGAUGCAUCGAGCCUGGCCGCGCUCCUGCCCCGACUGUGCGAGGGUGUGCCCCAGCGUCAGCUCAAGUUUGUGGUGCAGCUGUGGGGGGAUGUGGCAGAGGAGGCACGUGCGGCGCUUCCCUGCUCGGUGUUGUCCUAUGCCGAGCUGCUGGCUCGGGGGGCGGAGACCUCCCUGCAGCGAGUGGAUUUGACAGAGGAUGACCUGGCAACGCUGGUGUACACAUCUGGCACCACGGGCAACCCAAGGGGCGUCAUGUUGACCCACGGCAACCUGCUGUACCAGCUGCGCUCCUUUCCCACGCUCCUGGAGCUGAAGGCGGGGGAGUCCACCCUGAAUCUUCUGCCGCCGUAUUACAUUGCCUCCUGCGGCUGCCGUCAAGUGUUCACCUCCGUCCGACAUUUCCGGGACGACCUGCAGCGACACCCCCCCACCUACUUUGUGUGCGUCCCCCUGGUCCUGGAGACCCUGUACUCCAGGGUCAAACACAUGCUGACCAGGGCCAGCCUGGUGAGGCGCACCCUGGCGACGAGCCUGCUGGCCGCUGCGCUGGCCUACACGCGCGCUCGGCGGGUCGUGAAUGAAGAAAGUCUGGCGUAUGUGUGCACUGGCACGCCCCUGCUGGCCUUUGCCAGAGCCUGGCUGGUGACCAUGCUACUGGCGCCACUCAACUGGCUGGCACAGAAAUUGGUCGUCAGCAAGGUCCGGGCCGGCCUUGGAGUGAGCAGGGGCAUCGUCUCCGGUGGAGGGUCCUUGGCUGCCCACCUGGACGACUUUUACGAGGCCAUCGGCAUCCCGGUGCUGAAUGGGUGGGGCCUGACCGAGACGUCCCCAGUCCUGGCCUGUCGCUCCAUGACAACCGGCCCCAACAUCCGCGGGUCGGUGGGGAGGCCGCUGCCCGGGACGCGGGUGCGGGUGGUGGACCCGGGGUCAAGGGAGGAGGUGCCCGACGGCACGCAGGGCCUCCUGCUGGCCAGCGGACCCGGCCUCAUGUCAGGCUACUGGAACGAUGCCCUCGGCACCGCGGCAGUUCUGCUCGAGUCCCAGGGCCAGAGGUGGUUUGACUCCGGGGACCUGGGCUGGAAGGUGCCGGAGGCUGGGGGCGCAGCAGCAGGGGCUCUGGUCCUCUCCGGACGUGCCAAGGACACGAUCGUGCUGUCCAAUGGCGAGAACGUGCAGCCCCAGUCCCUGGAGGACGCCAUCUGUACCUCGCCCUACAUAACCUUUGCUGUGCUGGUGGGUGACGGCCAUCGUGCCUUGGGCGCGCUGCUGGUCCCCAACCGCGAGACGCUGGGGGAGGUGCCUGGGGCGAUUGAUGAUUCAGGUGCCCUGGACGUCAAGCUUGUGACAAGCCUGCUGAAGGCAGAGGUGACCAAGGCCUGCGUCGGCCGGGCUCCCUGGGAGAAGGUGCACGCUGUGCACGUCCUGCAGGAUCCAUUCAGCAUGGAUGAUGGCACCCUGACCCGAACGAUGAAGCCCUGCCGUCCAAAGAUCCGGAUCAAGUAUGCCUCUGAGGUCAAGUCCUUGGAGGCAGCACUGCGCUGA